AUGGUGGUCGCCUGUUCAAAGUUAGGAGAUAUCAAAUUCACACGCCAACCGUUUGAAAUAAUGCUCGACCGAGAUGUGAUUGCCUGGAACGCAAUGAAAGCAGGGUACGUGCGUUUCGGGGAGCCUUUAAACGGACUCGAACUGUUUAACGCAAUGGAAAUGAAAGAAAAGAACGUUUACACAUGGAGUGGUGCCGUGGGAGGACUAGCGAUGCAUGGUUAUGGUAAAGAGUAUCUUGACAUUUUUUCCGUUAUGCAACAAGAAAACAUCGCACCAAAGGAGGACACUUUCCUUUCAAUCUUAAAGGCUUGUAGUGUAGCGGGUCUUGUUGAAGAUGGUUGGAAGCAUUCUGAAUCUAUGACCAAAGAGUAG